AUGGCGGACGCUGCCAUCCCCGCUGCUCAGUUGGCGGCGUUGCGGCACGUCGCCCUCGUGCGGACACAUGCGGCGGUCCUCGUCCUGUUGUUCCAAAGCAUCUUCUACGGCACCUUUGUCGGUCUCGCUUGGGAAUACUACAGGAGGUUCCGUCGACGAGACGGCGAGCGGCUAUUCCUGCAGGUCUUCGUGGCCGUCCUGCUCGUCGUGUCGACAGCCUUUCUCGCGUUGUGCGCUGCAGUUGCAUACCAGUACAUCUCGCAACUGGUCGCGAACGGAGGAACACUCGCCUUCCGCCCAACGAUCGCCGCGACCGUUCAACCUUUCCUACUGACCGUCUUCUCGGCGGUAGCGGAGGUUUACUGGGUGUAUCGAGCAGUCCAGGUCGCGCGAAGCUGGUUCUCUCGCGCGCUCGCAGCGGGAUUGUGGAUUCUUUCGCUCGCGGCAUUCUCCGGCCAUUGCUCGAUCGUCUUACGCAUGCGGAUGGGUGAGACGUUUAGCACACGGAGGACGCUUGACUACCUCCUCGCAGGAACCUGGCUCUUCCUCGCCGACUCCUUCUUCUGCGCCGGUGUCCUCGUGUACGAGCUUGUCUACAAGCGGCGCAACGAGCUGGCGAAAUCGUCGCUCGUUCAACAGUUUACCGCUUUGGCGCUCAAGACGUCCCUCGCGAUCGUCAUCUUCGUCCUAAUUGGCGCGAUCGCAAUAACGCACGCCUUCGUUUACGGCAGCCUAGUCUCGGGACAGGUCUCUCUGGCCAUGGCCAACUUGUUCUCCUUCGCUUCGUGCUGCUGUGUCGCCAUCUCACUUCUCCAGCGCUGCUCGCUCCGCAACCAGUACUCCCAAGACAUGUCACGUCACGACGCCAGCAACUUCGGCGCGCCCGCUUCCUACGCCUACCCGCCCAUGUCCGCCCAUCGACCUGUCUCGACUUCGUUCGGCCGCAUCGAUUUCGGGAAGGAGGGCGACUCGAAGAUGUCGAGCGGGAGCGAGGUAGAGAAACGGAGUGCGGAGAAAGACGGCCGGCACCUUUCUGCGGCACGAGACUCGGCUCCUGCGAUCACGCAGCGCGUUUUGCUUCCCCGACGGGUAGCAACGGUGGACGACGUUGAGCAGCAACAAGCGGAGCGGCGGCUCAAACCCCUUCGACCGUGGGACCUUGUGCGUUCGAAAAGUUCGGGCUCUUUGCGGCGCGGAGGAGUCGGGACGACAUUGGGCGUGAUGGUAAAUGUCGAGGUUGAACGGAGUAUCGACCACGGCGAAGAAGAAGGAGCGGCGGUAAGGGAAGGAAGGGACGAGUUGGUUUGA